UUAGGAAAACUCCAGCAUUUACCUCCCAUGAGAAAACGUGAAGGGAUCAAAUGUGAGAACACGUGUUUCAGAGGAUCUUCUGCCUUUUCAAACAUACAAAAUAUUUGAGAACCUAUGGGUUUUGUGGUUUGACGGUAGCUUUUUCUUGAAGUCCACCUGGAGAUGGACUCAGUCUUUUCAGCCCCUAGAUCCCCUGUGGAUCUUAAUGCAACCCCAGGGGAGGGUUUGGGCUGGGCCGGAGGCUGACUCCCUUCCCCCUCUGCCCCCGCAGGAGCCUCAACGAUAGUACCGAAGGACAGAGGCCCGCAGAGGUGAGACCUCUCCCAGAGACCCCCAAAACCCCACCCAUGGCCCCUUGGCCCCCGACCGUCCAUCUCCUCCCCAGCUCUGGCCCCACUGCGGAUGACCAGGAGGAGACCCUCUGUGAGCAGGAGAGGGGGCCGCCCCGGGCCGCGAGCAGGCAGCGGGGAUGGAGACUGGGUGGAAAAUGCUCUGGUCUGGGGGCGACUUGGCGAGAUCUGGUGCUGGGCAGCCUUAGCCCCGGCCGACCCUCUCCGAGCCUCUGCCACGUGUGGUAUCUUGGCAAAAGAUGGGGACUUAGUUCUGUUCCCAACAGAUGAAGUCGUGAAAGACACACAGCCUGAGGACGACAGGCAGCUGGAGAGUCAGGCCAGAGCAUCUGAAGAGCCCCAGGUGACCGAUGCGGAGCUGAAUCACCUGACCCUUGGACAGGAGACACGGGCGCCUCCUCCCUCCCAAGCAGGGCAGCCCCCAGCAGAGCCCGGCGUGUAUGCGGCUCUGGCCACCCACUAGCCCAGGAAGGACCAGACUCCCACACCAGGGAGAGACUGCGGCCAGCCUGGAUACCGGACACGGACCACCAGGAGCUCCCAGGGCCUUUCAGGAGCCGCCUGCUUCCCAGGAUCAAAGCCCACCUUACAGCCCCAGCCAAGGCAACCUGCGGACUGCAAAGAUCCCUCAGAGCUGCCACCAGGAACCUGUGUCAAGUGGCAAGCAACCCUGGCCUGUGGAGGGGAGGGCAGGGCCAAGGACUUGGGGAAUCUCCUGCAGGCCCCACAGCCACUCAGCAGGGCCCGAGCACCCCAAGGGUCACUGUGAAGCCGUGCACUUGGCUGACCUGAGUCCAAAAGCCCCCAGACAGGGACCCGCUGCAGCCUGUGAGGGGGUUGCUCAACUCCAAAUGCUUCUCAUUUUCUCAUUUCCUGAGACCAAGCCCCUUCCCUUCCUGGGCCAGGGCAGCUCACCAAAGAGAAAAAGGGAAGCCUGCCGUCCCACCCCCAGGUGUCCUUAGAUGCCCGUUUCCCACAGGCCACUGAUGCGGAGGACUUCCACUUCCCCAAAUCUGUAUCUUAAGACCCACAGUUGGGAACUUGCCACCAGUCUUGACCUUAAUAAGCUUCGAAAGCAGCUGUGAUUCUGUCUAGUGUUCCCCACCAAAAACCAGUCUGUUCAUCACCAGCAACCCCAGGUGGUGUCUGCAUGGGAUCAGCUCUCGGCUCCUUGCCCCAGUGUGCCUGACCCUGACCUCCACUUGCCACCUGCUCUGCCUGGAAGUGACUCCUUCCCACUGCACCCCAUGCAUUAACGGCCGGCUCUGUCCCCCAGGACGCUCCCUGACCCUGUGACAGCGGUGUGGGAAGGUGCUGGUCCUGCUCACUGCUGUAGCCCCUCCCCAAGAGGACGAGCAGGGAGCCACACAGCUGACCAGGCACUCUAAUGCAAGCGCAACCUGGUCCGUGCCCUUCCCACUACACGAGGCUGUGGCUCAGAGGGGGUGAGA